UGUCUCAGAUUGUCACUGCAAAUAGAGAUCUAUUAAUGGAUCUCACCUCCCAACUGAUUCCAGCUCUGGUCUGCUUACUAGCAUUUACCAGCACCUUCGUCCACGGCCAGAACUUCAAUAAUACGUUGAAAGAGAUCAUCAAAACGUUGAACAUCCUCACAGCGAGAAACGACUCGUGCAUGGAACUGACCGUCAUGGACGUCUUGGCAGCCCCAAAGAACACAAGUGACAAGGAAAUCUUCUGCAGAGCCACAACCGUGCUCCGGCAGAUCUAUACACAUCACAACUGCUCCACCAAAUUCCUCAAAGGACUCGACAGGAACCUCAGCAGCAUGGCAAACAGGACCUGUUCUGUGAAUGAAGUCAAGAAGAGUACACUGAAAGACUUCUUGGAAAGGCUAAAAGCGAUCAUGCAAAAGAAAUACUCAAAGCACUGAAGCUGAAUAUCUUAAUUUAUGAGUUUUUUAAUUACUUUAUUUUAAAAAUAUUUAUAUAUUUAUAAUUCAUUAUAAAAUAAAGUAUAUGCAGAACC